AUGAAGGGAUUUUUUGACACGGCCGUUGAUGGAAUUGUCAAAUUCAUCCAACAGAUUCGCACAACCGAUGAGCUUGGCAUGAUCCAUACCAUUUUGAUGUUCGGUGGAUUUUCGGAAUCGAAAUACGUCCAAGAACGCAUUGAAAAUGAAAUACCUGGAGUUAGGCUCGUCAUUCCAACCGAUCCUUCAUUGGCUGUUUUAAAAGGUGCAGUUUUGUAUGGGAAAACCCCAAGAGCUAUUACAGAAAGAAUAGCACGGUUCUCCUAUGGAUUUUCCGUUGGAAGACCUUUCGAGGAGGGCAUUGAUCCUGAAGAACUGAAAUAUACAAAAAACGGCAAAAAAUAUUGUGGCAGCAUAUUUGAAAAGUUGAUAACAAAAGGACAAAUACUGAAACAGGGCCAGAUAUUCAGCGACAAAAUAAAUUACUUUUUAGAUACCGAUACCGAUUUAAGCUCAAUGUUAUCAAAGGCUCCGGCAGCGGCACCAAUUUUCAAAUCAACAAAAGUGGAUCCAUCAAAGUAUUCCACCGCGGAAGAUUGUGAAGAAAUAGGAAAACUAAUAAUACUUCCACCACCGACAGGGUGGCCUCUUGUCAGCGUCUUUGAUCAUGACCACUUUAUGACACAAGAUACCAUAAUCAAGGAACAACAGGUCAUAAUCUCUGAAAUAUUUCCUCUGUUGCGGUGUCUCCUGCAGACUCAAUUAGAGUGUCACCCCCUUCUCUUCGUGGAAUCCGGAAUCCUGCCAAAUGUUGGACCGAAUCUGGAAAAUGACUCAAUUUUGGACUGGAAUCCCGAAUACAAUUGA